AUGGCUUCCAACGGCGCUUCUGGGGCGCAAACACCACAAACACAGGCACAAGUGCAGCCAUGUCGAUACAAGACGGGAAAGACGCUGGGUGCAGGAAGUUACUCGGUUGUCAAGGAAAAUGAGAUCGCCGUGUUGAAGAGAGUGUCCAUGGGCCACAGGAACAUUCUCACCUUGGUUGACUACUUUGAGACCAUGAACAACCUUUACCUCGUGACCGAUCUCGCGCUUGGAGGCGAGCUGUUCGAUCGCAUCUGCAGAAAAGGCAACUACUACGAGUCUGAUGCCGCCGACCUGAUCCGAGCGACGCUCUCCGCCGUUGCCUAUCUCCACGAUCACGGCAUUGUACAUCGAGACCUGAAGCCCGAGAACCUUCUGUUCAGAACACCAGAGGACAACGCUGAUCUGCUGAUUGCUGAUUUCGGGCUAUCGCGAAUCAUGGACGAGGAGCAAUUCCAUGUCCUUACAACCACAUGUGGAACCCCAGGGUACAUGGCACCUGAGAUUUUCAGGAAGACAGGCCAUGGCAAGCCGGUUGACAUCUGGGCCAUUGGCGUCAUCACAUACUUCCUUCUCUGCGGCUACACCCCCUUCGACCGAGACUCCAACCUCGAAGAGAUGCAGGCCAUCCUCGUCGCCGACUACUCCUUCACGCCCCUCGAAUACUGGCGCGGCGUCUCCCUCACAGCCCGUGAAUUCAUCCGCCGAUGUCUGACAGUCGACCCAGCGUCGCGAAUGACGUCCCACGAAGCUCUCUCACACCCAUGGGUCGCCGAUCUCGGCAGACCAGGCGAGGGCGAGGAAGAUCUACUGCCCACCGUCAAGAAGAACUUCAACGCCAGGCGGACGCUGCAUGCCGCGAUUGAUACUAUCCGCGCGAUCAAUCAGCUUCGCGCAGGUGGUGGGGCGGCUAUGAUGGAUGGUUUGCGGUCGAAUGAGCCGAGGAGAGGUGCGCCGCCUGCGAAUAUCCCGCAACCGGCGGAAGAUGAGGAUCCGAUGGAGAUUGAUAGCAGAGGGAAUGGACAUGGUCAGACUGAAGAGAUGAUUAAGGAACAGGAGAGGCGGAUCAGGGAAACACAGCAGGGUCUGUGGAGUAAGCGAUGA